GCGUUUUGUCGUUCAUCGUUGGCGGUUGUGCGUUGUUUAUUGGAAGUUCUCUCGGUGUUACUUUAAGUGUCGCGUUGACUUGUACGUGCCUGCGCUGUGGCAGUGUUAACGGUUAAAAGUGUAAUAAAUACAAGUCAAAAAAGGAAAACAAAAAAAUACAAAUUUGUUGUUGCCAAUAAAAGUGAAAACGCGACCAUUUUCUUCUGUAUCAAAUUGGCAAGUGUGAUUUUGCAGUGAAAUUAAAAAUUUAUGUUUUGUUUGUAUAUGAGUGUCUACAUGCAUAUAAAUAAAUAAAUGUUCAGUGUAUACAUACAUAAUAUUAUUAAUUAAAUUUGAAAAUUUUAAAUAAAAUAUUUGACAAGACAAAAUUGCAAAAAAUAUGUCAAUAUUUCAAGUGAAUCACCAGCGAUGACAGAUCAAAUUUAUUAUUGAUAAAUAUGUAAUAUAUUGCAUAUAUGUAUACUCAUAAAGUGAAAUAUAUGCUAUAUCUAUAAAGGAAUUGCUGUAUUUAAUUAAGAGCAUUAUCAACAAAUUAAAUGAAUUGCCAAAGUAAAGUGUGUUCAUGCGUGUGAGCGCAUCUCGGCGGCAUAAACAAUGAAUUGUGGAAUAUGAAUUCUUUAAUUAGCUCAUGAAUGAAGAGGUGACACAAUACCAUAAUUACCGUUAAACUAAUCUUGAUGGCGUAUUACGAGCAUCAUAUAUAAAUAUAUAAAACCAUAGACCAGCGCCAGUAGGACAUUCGAAGAACCCCAGACGUGGAAUUAGCAGACACAAAAACCGAAAACAAAUGAAAGCCAAAUAAAUGUUGUAAUAAAGAUAAAAGUGGGGCGUGCGAAUGGAAAUUGAGUAAUUGCAAGCAGUGAUAUAUACAUACAUACAUACCCACAAGCAUAUUAUUGUGGAAACAUACGACGGCAAGUAGUAAGUAGACAUUAAAUAGGCAUAUUAGAGGUUAAAAUCAAGCGCCAAGAGCAAAACACGAAGCAAAUUAUUCACACAAGAUGGUCACAUAUGCUUUAAGGCCAGCGGCUCAGCGUAGCUAAAAGAAUGAUAGCGUGAAAUUAAUAAAAUAUUAAGAAAGUGAAUAAGCAAAAUGUAUUUAGAAAGCGCACAAAGCGAAAAGGACACUCAAUUACCAGACUCGGCCGAGUGGAGGAAGGCGGCUGGACAAAUAUUAUUAAAAUAAAGUAGAAUACUAAAAGUAAAAGCGAAAUGAUAAUAAACUGCAAAAGAAAGUGCUGGAAACAACAACAAUAAAUUCAAGAAAAAAUGAAGCGUGGUAAACAUAAACUUGGUACUUGUGAUUUGCAUUGAAAACAGCAUUACCUGCACUGAGAAAGUACUUAAAAAUAAAGUAAGAAAUAUUAAUUAAUAAAAAAAAAAUAAAUAAUUAUAAUGAAUAUAACGAAAUGCUGAAUUUGCUGCACCUCAUCUUUCUCCACUGCGCAGCAAGCAAACAACACUGCCAACAAACCGACUACAUCAUGCCAAAUCUACUUACUUAAGGCAUAAAUUACCAAAAAAUAAUUAAGAAAAUUAAUAAAAAUUAAUAAAAUUAAUGCAUAACAAAUAGGUGAAGACAUUUUACGCAUAUUCGUCACACUUAUAUGCCAACACACCACACCUGAAUAUAUAAGUAAGAUACAUACUUUUUUAAAACACUGUCAACGUUGGAAAUUUUGGAUAGUCGCAAAUUAACACAAUUGUUGUUGUCACGUAAUGAAGACAUUCCCCUGCACGUCAGCGACGCAUUUACUAUCGUUAUCGUUACCGUUAUCGUUAUCGCGAUCAUUAUUUGUCAUUAUACUUUUACUUCUAAUUGGUGAUUUUCAUUUGUACAACUUGCCAUUGCCAACAAAUACGUAUAUCCGACGUAACUGUAUCGGCAAAGCAGCAGCGGAAGUAUUCACUUUGGGUUAUUUAACCGGUUCACAACGAAGUCCCGGUAAUUUGGAUUAUCAGCGACCAGGCAUUACCAUCUCCGGCGCCAUCACACUCGCCGUCUCGCAAGUGAAUGCUGGCAAACUAAAAGAGCUCGGUCACUCACUGGAAUUCAUUGUGGCGGAGACAUAUGGUGAUGAAGUGGCGAGCAUACGACAAACGGCUUCGCUGUGGACACGACAAGUAGCCGGCUACAUUGGACCGCAAGAGACGUGUGUACAUGAGGGACGCAUGGCGGCCGCUUUCAAUUUGCCAAUGAUUUCCUAUUAUUGUAUACACCGCGACACAUCCAACAAGCAGGACUUUCCCACUUUUGCACGCACGCGACCACCCGAUACGCAAAUCUCCAAAUCGGUUGUCUCACUGCUAUUAGCUUUUAACUGGACGCAGGUCUCCUUUUUGUAUCUGGACGGUCCACACAGUCCCUACCAUCCAGUCGCAGAGACAAUACAAAAUAUUUUACACAACGCGGGCGUCAAUGUUCGCGACGUAGAAACGUGGAAUACUAUUUAUCAUCACGGAUUCAUGGCGAAUCCUUUCGAUGACUUGGUGGAGCGAACCUACAAAAAUACACGCAUUUAUCUCAUACUCGGUCAUUACUACGAGCAUGUCGGUCUAAUGGUCAGUUUGGAGCGCAAAGGCUUAUUGGCCAAAGGUGAAUAUUUUGUUGUUGGCAUCGACAUCGAGCAAUAUGAUCCAGCAAAUCCGGAUAAGUAUCUGCGCGGUUUGCUCUUGGAGAAAAUCGAUUUAAGCGCCGAAGUGGCUUUCCAAUCGUACGUGGGGAUUUUUCCAACGGCGCCAGUGUCAUUCUCCAAGUUUGCCAAGGAGGUCAACAAAUAUAUGGAGUUGCCGCCAUUUAAUUUCCCCAAUCCUUUAGGCUAUUUUGGCGGUGCAAAGCAGAUCAGCGCCGAGGCUGCGUAUCUCUACGAUGCCGUUCAUUUGUAUGCAAAUGCGCUAAUAAAAGUUUUGAAAGCAGGUGGCAAGCCGAAAAAUGGCACGGCACUCAUUGCGGCCAUAAAAGGCUGCAAAUACCUGAGCGCCAUGGGCUAUCAUGUGUAUAUCGAUGAGAAUGGUGAUGCCGCUGGCAAUUAUACAGUAUUAGCGCGUGGCUAUGCGCGCAAUAGUCGAAAUAUGACUGUUCCAGGCCUGGUGCCAGUGGGGACAUUUAGUCAGACACAAAGUGAUAAAUUACCUGAUCUCAAUUUAUACGGUAAAAUCCAUUGGGUGAGCGCGAACGGGCGUCCGGCGGCGGAGCCGAAAUGUGGUUUUGCGGGCGAGAAAUGCAUCAGUUAUACUGGGGAGAUAUCGGCGAGCAUCGCUGGUGGUGCGCUGGUGCUGCUCGGCAUUAUCUCGUUGGUGUUGUAUCGCAAUUGGCGCUACGAGCAGGAGUUGGAUAGUUUGUUGUGGAAAAUUGAUUUUCGUGAAGUGCAAAUGCACGAAAGCGAAAAGGAGCAGUCUAGUCAAAAGCAAACAAGGUCGACUCACCCGCUUAUACGCACCAGCCAAGUAAGCUUGAGCUCAAAUCCGGAUGCUGAUUUCCGUUAUACGACAAUAUUUACACCCAUUGGACUCUACAAGGGUCAACUAUAUGCGAUUAAGAAAGUGCGAAAGAAAUGCGUGGAUAUAACUCGUGAAAUGAAGAAGGAAUUAAAAUUGCUACGCGAUACACGUCACGACAAUAUAUGCGCUUUCAUCGGUGCCUGCACGGAUCCACCAAACAUUUGCAUCAUCACGGAGUACUGCACCAGAGGCAGCUUGAAGGAUAUAUUAGAGAAUGAGGACGUCAAGCUGGACAAUAUGUUUAUCGCUUCAAUGGUUGCCGACGUCAUACGCGGUGUCAUCUACUUACAUGAAUCGCCCAUUCGUUUUCAUGGUUCGUUGUGCACCUCCAACUGCCUCGUCGACUCACGCUGGGUGGUUAAACUGACCGAUUUCGGGCUGUUCGCCUUCAAGAAGGGCAUGGAGGACAACUCAACGGAGGUGCCGAACAUGACCGUUAAGUGUACAAAAUUGCUCUACCGCGCACCCGAACUGCUGCGUCUUGGCGCGGCAUCACUCGUGCAAGGCACACAGAAAGGCGACUCGUAUUCCUUCGGCAUUGUACUCUAUGAAAUUCACGUACGACACGGUCCAUUCGGCGAGACCGGUCUUACACCCAUGCAAUGCCUGCAGAAGGUACUACAACCGCAAGAUCAUCUCUAUCCCUAUCGCCCCUCAUUGCAACCGUUAGAGACCUCUUUCGAUUGCGUACGUGAAAUACUGCGUGAAUGUUGGUCCGAGCGCCCGGAAGAACGUCCAGACUUUAAAACAAUACGCGCUAAAUUGCGUCCUCUACGUAAAGGCAUGAAACCGAAUAUAUUCGACAAUAUGAUGGCUAUGAUGGAGAAGUAUGCGAAUAAUUUGGAGGCGCUUGUUGAUGAGCGCACGGAUCAGUUGCAAGAGGAAAAGAAGAAGACUGACGCGCUGUUACUGGAGAUGUUGCCGCGUCCCGUGGCCGAGCAGUUGAAGAAAGGCAAUAAAGUGGAUCCGGAGAGUUAUGAGCAAGUGUCUAUAUAUUUUAGUGAUAUUGUGGGCUUUACAGCGAUGUCGGCGGAGAGCACGCCAUUGCAGGUGGUAGACUUUCUGAAUGAUUUAUAUACCUGCUUUGAUUCCAUCAUCGGCCACUAUGAUGUCUACAAAGUCGAAACAAUUGGAGAUGCAUAUAUGGUGGUCUCAGGUCUACCGAUCCGCAAUGGCGAUCUGCACGCCGCCGAAAUCGCUUCAAUGUCCCUCCACCUGCUCAGUGCGGUCUCGGAGUUUAAAAUCCGUCAUCGUCCUACAAACAAACUGCUGCUACGCAUAGGCAUUCACACUGGACCGGUGUGCGCCGGUGUGGUGGGUUUGAAAAUGCCGCGUUACUGCCUGUUUGGCGACACCGUAAACACCGCCUCACGUAUGGAAUCGAGCGGCGUGCCGCUGAAGAUACACUGCAGUCAGCAGUGCCGAGAGUUGCUAGAGAAAUUAGGCGGCUAUCACUAUCAGGAGCGCGGUGUCAUCUCGAUGAAGGGUAAAGGUGACCAACGCACCUAUUGGCUGCUCGGUGAGGAUGAGGAUGCGCGCAAUAAGCGCAACUACGAGCGCUCGCAGCGACGCGGUUCGCGUGCGCUCAACAAAUUCAUACAGGGCACCAUCAAACAGAACAACCAACAGCAGAUCACCUCCGCUGUGGUCGACUAUGGUAUACGUUCGUCGCUGAAGAAUAAGGGAAUGCCGCGUAAUUCGCUGACGCGCUCUUCCAGUCUAGAGUCGCCGAAGAAACUGCGUUUCGCCACCGGCAGUCUGCUAGAGCAUCACCGUUAUCACAGCGAUGAGGCACUGCUCGAAGUCAUCACGGACUCCUACACCGGCGUGCGUCGUUCCUCCGGUGGUUCGACGCAUUCACGCUACGAGGAGUCCACACUCUCCUGCGGCAGCAAAGAGGAGCUCACCAGUUGGCAGCGUCAACGGCGCCCCUCUUCCUACCCCACAGCCAAUACGCCGCUGCUGCUCAAUCAUGUGGAGACCUGACAGUGUGUGCCGGAAGAGUAAGGCGGUAUUGCCACUUUUGCGCAAGUGUUUGGAAAAUCAAAUACAGGAAUUUAGUAGACUAUUUUGACAAUUACUUAGCGUAUUCAGACAAGAAGUUAACAAAAAGUAGUUAAUUAUUUUAAGUUUCACGCAUUUCACUGCUGUAAAACGUUUCAAAAUGUAUGUUUAUAUGUAAUUAAAUUUAAUUAUUUGUUUAAAUAAUAAGAUUUGUGUAUGUUUGUAUGUAUUAUACUUAGUAACAUAGGCUGAAAGCUGCGUGGUUUUGAAAACUUAACGCAACAGCCGCCUCAAUUGAAUUUAAAUUAGUUGUAAUUGUUUUUAUUGUAAUUAAAAGUAAUUUUAAUUUACUGAUAAAUGUUAAUCAUCUCUAGCGUAAUAUAAAAUUAAAAUUAAAAUUGUUUUAAAAAUUCAUAGAAAAUGUUAUGAUAAUAUUGCAUGUUGGUGAUUGCCAAGUUCUAGUCGUUCAUUAAGUGUAAAAGUUGUAUGUCAUUGCAUUGAUGUUAAGCAAAUAAAAGUGUAGUGAAAAAAGUUGUCAAACAGAA